AUGCCCAUCACUACGAACCCAAAAUAUCCUCUAACUUCAGAGUACUACCGACCCUCAUACCCAGAAUCCAAAGAUGCACCACUUCUUGUUUUUAUUCCGGGAAAUCCUGGCCUAAUUGACUACUACGUUACGUUUUUGGAUAUAAUUGCUGAACAGUAUCCGAAGUACGCCAUCUUGGCCAUUUCUCAUGCGGGAUACCAGACUUCUGGCGAUUUCCUUACUGCUGGAAACACUGGAGACCAAACUUACUACGAUCUCGACUACCAAGUCACCCACAAAGUGAAGAUCUUGAAGGAUCAAAUUUUGAGUGGCCACAGCAACAUCUCUAUUCUCUGUCACUCGGUGGGAGGAUACAUAACACAGAGAUUGGUGAGAGCGCUUCUUAAGGAUCAGGAGGUUAAGGAUUUGGUGCAAUUCGAGUUCAUUGGCCUUAUUUGUCCCACAAUUGUCGACAUAGCUAAGUCGCUGUCAGGCCAAUUCUUUGGACGACUCUUUUCUAUUCUUCCACUAGUACAGACAUGUGUUUACCUUGUUAUGAUCCUUCAAUUCAUUCUUCCAGAUGCACUUGCGAAGUAUAUCAUCCGUAACUUUGUGAUUGCACGUCCAAAACUCACAGAUGAUAAGCUGAUGGAAUCGUGGAGCAACUCGUUAGAUGCCACCCAUAAGAUUUACCGGUCAAAGCGCAUAAUCUUUCAGGCGCUUACUUUGGCAAAAGACGAACUCAAGUACAUCCACCGUGACGAUGACUACAACGACUGGUUUUUCCACCAACUUCCGGAGCAGUACGGGACCAAAGUGUGGUCAUUUUUUGCACAUCUGGAUUAUUGGGUCCAUGACAACACAAGAGAUUAUAUAUUAUCACGUUACCAUGAUCUGGAGAACGAGUUGGUACAUUUUGAAGUGGGGGACAUGGACAAUGGAGAUGUGCGAGCAAUUACGCAUAGUUUCUGCAUUGACCAAAGCGUGGAGUUUGCCGAAAUAACAUGCGAGGCUCUCGCAAGAAAAUAG